AGGAGUUUGGGCGACUGGCUCGUCAUUGCCAACGCGCAACAGCGUUGAGACGGCGCUACAAUGAGACUGAAGCUGAAAACGGUGUUUGCGCUCUACUUCCUGGUCUCUCUGCUGGGCCUCAUCUACGCACUGACGCAGCUCGGUCAACGCUGUGACUGCACGGAGCACGACAUGCCCAAGGAGCGAACCGUAUCUCGACUGCGGGGGGAGCUUCACCGUCUUCAGGAGCAAGUGAGGAAGUCGGAGGUCACCAGGCAGCCCCAAAAAGAGUCGUCCCUGCCCACCAUCUUUGUCAUCACGCCGACAUACGCCAGGCUGGUGCAAAAGGCCGAGCUGACCCGCUUGUCCCAGACCUUCCUCCACGUGCCCCAGCUCCACUGGAUCGUCGUGGAGGACUCCCAGACCAAGACGCCGCUCGUGGGGCAACUCUUGGCCAAGUCCGGCCUGUCCUACGCGCAUCUGCACGUGGCCACCCCAAGGCAGCGCAAAUUGCAGGAGGGCGAUCCGAGCUGGCUCAAGCCUCGCGGUGUGGAGCAGAGGAACGAGGCCCUGCGCUGGCUCCGAGAGGACCGGAGGGCUCCGAAGGACCAACGCGGCCAACGGGGCGUGGUCUAUUUUGCCGACGACGAUAACACGUACAGCCUGCAGAUAUUUGAAGAGAUGAGGAGCACGCGGCAAGUGUCCGUGUGGCCCGUGGGGCUGGUCGGAGGGAUGAAGUACGAGAAGCCCGUAGUGGAAGGAGGAAAGGUGGUCCGCUUUCACGUCGGCUGGCGUCCCAGUCGUCCCUUCCCCAUGGACAUGGCCGGCUUCGCCGUGUCCCUCGAGCUGCUCCUGACCAAUCCCGACUCUCGUUUCGAUGGCAACGCCCCGAUGGGAUUCCUGGAGAGCAGUCUCCUGCAGGGCCUGGUCACCAUGGACCAGCUGGAGCCGAAAGCGGACGACUGUUCCAAAGUGCUGGUGUGGCACACGCGCACGGAGAAGCCUAAGAUGAAGCGUGAAGAUGCUCUGCAGUCUCAGGGACUGGGCUCAGACCCGGCUCUGGAGGUCUGAGAAGCACACGCGCACAAUAGGGAAGUCAUCUUAAAAUUCAACGAUGCUUUGUACGUACUGUCAUUCCCCAUUCCUACUCCCUGUGGACCUCUGAUUAAAACUCAUGCAUGCCUUGGUUUUCAUUUGCAUGAUAGCCGCACAGAUGCCUUUUUAAAGUAGAACGUUUCAAAUCCACUCAGAGGAACAAUACAAGCGCUUAUGAAGAUAAAGUAAUAAACACGAGCACUCCUCUGAGCCUCGUUUCACGUUCAAUACAUCAAGUGCAGUAGUUUGAUUGCGAUGUGCUGGGUGUUGUAUACGGUGUUGUUUUAUUUAUUGCUGUAGUAUUUGCUCCUUGCGUUGUACUGCUGUGUCACUGACAAAUAAAGUCGGUCCAAUGUU